GAUUGGAAAGGCUUCUUCAACCUUUGCGCUUCACUAAUGGAGUAGAAAAUCUCCAAAUAAACUGAAAAAACAAUAGAACUUCAAGUCUCAAAAUUAAAUUAAUCCCCGUAGAAUUUUCCGGGGAGAAACAUGAACGGAAAUAGCAGAAAAAAUGCGCGAAAUCGACCUAAACCUUCAAUUGACGGUGACGAAGAUCAUCGUCCGAUCAACACCGACAAGAAAUCAAAGCUCAAUCUUAAGAGAGAGAAGAACAAGAAUCGCAGUUCUUCCAAAUUCAAAUUAUUGCUGGGAUUCGCCAUUUCCGUCUUCGCAUUUUCGACGUAUUUUGCUUAUACUUUUGGCAUGAAAUCCAUUAAUUAUGGAACUCGGAAACCUAGGGUUAUCACUCCAUUUCCUGCUCCCAAACUCAUGGAUCUUCCUCAGUUUCAAGGCGACCAUAAGGAAAGUCUGUAUUGGGGAACUUACCGGCCUCAUGUUUAUCUUGGAAUUCGUGCAAGGACUCCGCAGUCACUGAUUGCAGGAAUAAUGUGGAUUGGUGUGAAGGAUGGACAAUAUGUCAUGCGGCAUGUCUGCCAAGAUUCUGAUGACCUUAGAACAUAUGGUUGGACUCAUCACAAUGGGCGAGAUUAUGGAAGGCAGCUGAUAGUUGACCAAGGCCUGACCUUGGAGACCAGUUUCUUAAAGUUGAGGGGAAAAGGCAGUGGUUAUGGAGGGGAUUGGGCUGUUCGCAUUGGUUUACAGAGCCAGAAGUCAGACUCAAAUGAGGACAGUUGGGGAACUGGUCAUUUUUUCUUCUAUAUGGCUGAUGAAGGUGGACAUACCAUCAGCUUGAAUAGAGAUGUGUUGGACAUUCGUGAAAGCUCAUUACUUGCAUCAGGAUCGCAAAAGGACGUUGGAGGUUGGCAGUUGCAUUUGGAAUCAGCUGACAAUUUGGAAAUUCAUUAUGCUGGUUUUAAGACACCACACAUCCACAACUUGUCUGAUCUAGUCCAAGUUACUCUUGCACAUCAGAUCAGGAGUUUAAGCCGUCUGGAGCUUCCAGACAAUCCCGGCCACUCUCCUAAUAUUCUCGUAUUUCAGAUUUCUGCGAUGGUUCCUUUCCAAGCAGACUUUGCUUUUGUGUCAGGAACUGACAUGAAGAGUUCAUUGAUAGAAGAACGCAUUAGUAGCCUUACAGGAGAAAACUUGAGUAAGGAACUAGUGAGGAAGAAGAAUGAAUUUGAAGAUAGAUUUCAAAGAUGCUUCAAUUUGACUGACAAGGUAGAUUCAGAAGCUACUACUGUUGGUGAAGCCACAAUUGCCAAUUUGAUCGGUGGCAUUGGCUACUUCUAUGGCCAAUCAAAAAUUUCCGUGCCUCAGAAAGCUGAUAUAAAGGGUGAUGAUUAUCUAUUAUACUUUCCAGCAGAACUUUACACAGCUGUUCCUAGUCGUGGAGUCUUCCCGCGGGGAUUUUUGUGGGAUGAAGGUUUUCAUCAGUUGCUGAUCUGGCGUUGGGAUGUCCGUAUUAGCUUGGACAUCAUUGGCCACUGGUUAGAUCUAUUGAAUAUUGAUGGUUGGAUUCCCCGAGAACAGAUUUUGGGCGCUGAAGCUUUAAGCAAAGUCCCCGAGGAAUGGGUUCCCCAACACCCAACAAAUGGCAAUCCCCCUACAUUGUUUCUGGUUUUACAUGAUCUGGUAUUUGGCAUUAAGAUGGGUAAAUUCAGUGCAGCUGAAAGCAGUGAGAUCUCUUCCUUCUUGGAGCAUGCAUAUAUUCGUCUUGAUGCAUGGUUUAAAUGGUUCAAUACUUCACAAUCAGGAAAAGACCCAGAUAGCUACUUUUGGCAUGGUAGAAACAAUGUUACUAACCGUGAAUUGAAUCCAAAAACACUGUCAUCCGGAUUGGAUGACUACCCACGUGCUUCUCAUCCUAACGGCGACGAACGCCACGUGGAUCUCAGAUGCUGGAUGCUUCUGGCAGCAGAUUGCUUACAGACCAUUGUCAAAGUUACUGAUAUUGAUAAUGAAUUAGGGAAGGAGUAUGGCUACACUGUCAAACAGCUGUCAAAUUUUGAAAUACUCAACAAGAUGCAUUUUGAUGAGGCUGUUGGGGCAUAUUUUGAUUUUGGUAACCACACUGAAAAGGUUCGUUUACGCUCACAAAUGAAGAUGAAUGGAAAUCAUGCCAGUAAAGAGAUGGUCCGAGAAGUCCUCGAGGAACCAAAACUUCAAUUUGUACCUCAUUUUGGCUAUGUCAGCCUCUUUCCGUUAAUGGGAAAACUUAUACCUCCUGAGUCAUGGAUUUUAGGAAAACAGCUUGAUCUUAUUUCAAAUAGAAGUGUAUUAUGGACCAAUUAUGGGAUUCGCUCCCUUUCCAAAACAAGUUCCAUAUACAUGAAAUACAAUACAGAGCAUGAUGCGCCAUACUGGAGAGGAACAGUUUGGAUAAACAUGAAUUACAUGAUCCUCUCUGCUCUUCACCACUACUCUGAAGUUGAUGGUCCCUAUAAAUUGAGAGCCAGAACCAUCUAUGAUGAGUUGAGAAGCAAUUUAAUUAGAAAUAUCAUUCAGAACUAUUACAAGACUGGCUAUAUUUGGGAGCAGUAUGAUCAGAAGACAGGAAAGGGUAAAGGUGUUCGACAAUUUACUGGUUGGUCAUCACUCGUCGUGCUAAUUAUGUCAGAAAGCUAUAGCAGUAAUUGGGGAAUAUCAAAUUCUUAAUUGCUAUUAUGUAAAAACAGUAUAAUUUGGAGUGAAUGGGAAUGUCUCUUUCAAAUGCAAACGAGCUACACAAUAAAAAGCCAUUUUUGAAAAAUAGUUGUAAUAGUUUGAUUAGAUAGUUUGUCAAUACAUAACUUUCACCAUCA